CAUUCCUCGACUUGGGUGUGGACUGUGUGUGAGCUAGGGAGACGUUGACUCUCUAAAGUCGAAAUCUUGUCUGUGGAGAAAGAAAGGAGAGACAGAGACAACUGUCAGACAUGGAGGCAGGCAUUAUCCUCACGCAGGGCCAAUACGAUGUAAUAGCCAAGAUCUUCAGAGGGGCUGACACGGAGGAAUCAGGGAACGUGCCUACCAGCGUCGUACCGUCACUGGCAGGGAAGGUCCUGGGAUCCACUGCCAAGGAGAGCGACCUGCAGCUAAUCCAGUUCUGGGUCAGUCAGAGGGAAGGAGACGGUACGAUGUCGUUUGCCGAGUUCCUGGAGCUAAUGGCGGACGUAAUGUCCCAAACCACUCGCUGGGGUAACCUGUCCACGAAGCUGAGCGGCUACGUUGGAUUCGACACGAUCCAGGAGCAGAUCAAGAAGAAAUCAAUCAAACGAGGCUUUGAGCUCAAUCUCAUGGUCGUAGGGGAGACUGGAUUGGGGAAGUCGACUCUCAUCAAUACCCUAUUCCGUGCCAAGAUCAGCCGCACCGCAGCCACUCCCGGUCCCCAUGUGGUUCCGCCCACCACCGAGGUCAUGUCUGUCAGUCAUGUGAUAGAAGAGCAGGGAGUCCGUCUGAAGCUAACUGUGACCGACACCCCAGGGUUCGGAGACCAGGUCAACAACGACAAGUGUUGGGAGCCAAUCGCCGAGUUUGUGAAUGAACAGUUUGAUCGCUACCUCAACGAGGAGGUGAGCAUUAAUAGGAAGAAGGUGAUCCCAGACACUCGCGUCCACUGCUGUCUCUACUUCAUUCCUCCGACUGGACACAGCCUUCGUCCCAUUGACGUGGAGUUCAUGAAGCACCUCCACGGUUUUGUGAACGUCGUCCCGGUGAUCGCAAAGGCCGAUACCCUCACCAUCGAGGAGAGGGACAGCUUCAAACAGAGGAUUAAGGAAGACCUCCAUUUCCACGGCAUCAACAUCUACCCCACAGCCUACGGCGCCGAGGACGAGGAGGAUGCUGCCGCUAAUCACAAGAUUGAGCAAUACAUCCCAUUUGCAGUGAUAGGCAGCGACCGUGAAGUGGCUGUGGGGGGUAAGAAACUGCUGGGGAGACAGACCAAGUGGGGAUUCAUCGAAGUGGAGAACAGGAAACACUGCGAGUUCUCUCAGCUGAGGGACAUGCUCAUCAAGACCCACCUGCAGGAUCUAAAGGAGACAACAGACAAGGUCCACUAUGAGAAUUUCCGUCACCGCCGUCUGGAGCAGACCCAACAGACCGGCCACGACCCCACGGACGAGAGUAACAUCUGACCUUUGACCCCACACCUCACACAAAUUUAGAACAUAUUAUGUAGCAUUAAUUUCUUAACGAGAUUUACCAAUUUAUGGCCGAAGUUGCCAUCAUGUAGGAAUCACACUAACAAUUAUCUCAGAUUAUGUAAUGUAGGUCAUUCUUCGAUGUUUCAAUAAUUGUACUUUACGCCUAACAAUAUCACAUUUUUGAAUUUUUGUGAUUACUGAUGAUAGCUUUCUCUCCACAUAAGAAAAUAUAACUUUGUGUGUGGCAAGUGUGACGCUGGGGUGAUUGACAAUCAGUUGCCAUGGUGCUCAUGCGGAAUGUUGGUCUGUGGUGUGGUUGAGCUCGGGGAACAACUCCGUCACUAUGACAUCCAGCAGAGAGUAGAACAGCUGUUUGUUGAGGGCGUGGCACUGGAGAAACUCAAACAAGAUGACCACACCCCCUCUGUACCGGUCCUGUCCAAGGGCAGUCACCAGGAGCUCUGGAGGGUAGCUGAGGAGCUGGCCGAGGGCCCGCCAAGCCAAGUCUCCCUCCUCCCCAGACAAUCUCCCCACCACCUCUCUGGAUGAGAGAGAAUCCAGUCUGAUAUCACGCUCUCAUGUACAGUGGCUGUAAUGAGUAGGGCCUUACCCUGGAGGAUUGCCGGCUCCAGGAAACAGGUUAUCUAGUGUGAACAAACAGGUUUGGUUUAAUCAUUACAUCAUUGGAAUGACCUCUGACCU